UGUAAACUUCCCCACGUUGUUUUGCCUGUGGCCUCCUGGCCCUGGUAGGACAUGAUUGUAGCCCAGACCAUGUAGAAAUGCUCAGGAACAGCAAGGUGUGGAGAUGAGGCUGCAGAGGAUCUAAGGUUGCAAAAGCUGGAAUAGCCACAAAGGGAUUUUGCUCAUUGAUUUCAUACCUUCAGUUGUUUCUCUUGAGCUUUUUUGUGGGGACAGACCUGUCCCUCCUAUUUGCCCCACCAACAUGCCAUAGGGCUGUUGAUAAUGCAGUAAGAACAGGGCUGUCCUAACACCCACAUGCCACACCAGCCUGUGGAGUUUGGGAUUAACUUCAGAUUUUGUUACAUGACUCCCUGUUUCACAGUGCUCUUACAGUAUAAACCAUUAGACUUUUUUUCAAAUUACUAAAGCCGUGCAGGAAGAGAUUUGUGUCUCCAUUUUUCUGUGUGGAGUGAGUGUCCCAUCUAUUUGUCUGUAUGUCCCCUGACUAGUAAGGCUGAUCCCUCAUUGCAACACACAGAGUCCAACCCAUUCAGACCUUCUACACAGGUAAACAUGAACCUUAGCUCCUGAACUGCUCAGCACAAUGGACUUUUGCCUGCUGACAUCCAGCCUGGUGCAACUUUAAGGGAUUACCUGGUUACUAUCCAUACAGAACCUGAAUGACAUGUACAUGGUGCUUCUGUGUGAGUCUGAGAAAAGAAAAGCCUCGGGCAUAUUGGUGAGUCAACUUUGGCUGGCCAAUGUUUCUAAAAUAGACCAAAAACAAAGAGGAGAGAGAAAGAAAGCUGUAACCUGUGCUGCUGCACUAAGCCAGCUAAUGAUUCAUUUUCCUUCUGCAAAAUGAACUGAUGGUUCUCACUGAGGUUACCAAUUAGUGCUGCUUAUCAGUUCUCCUUGAGCAGUGAUUCACUCCUCAGCUCCUGAAGGGAACUUGUGAGGCCAAGCCUUGGCCUCAGGGUUUGCUACUCUCUUCAUUAGCCCAGCUCAGGAAGCAGUGCUUAGAAAAUCUGAAUCCAGAGGGUGAGGUUCAUUUCUCAGCUGGGUGGAUGACAGAGGGCUGUACUUCCUGUCAGUCAUGGCAGCAUCUCUGUUGGGCCAGGUCUGGCUUAGCUGUGAUGCAAGCAGGUGGAACAGGGCAGGUCCUGCAGCUCUGUUGCUAAGUGUUGUCUCGGUGACAUGAGAGAUGAGGAAAUGUUCCCUGACCCUCUCAGCGCAGGUUGGCAGGUCAUCUGCUCAGCCAACAAAAUGGGCAGCCUCCAUCAGAAGCAGAACUGCCAUGCUGGAAGCCUGCACAUGUUGCGUAUUCUUGGCAAGCUGAAUUCCUAGUGCCUCUGAGGAACAAAACAGAUGUUUGACUCGCUCAUAACAAUGUGGGAUGCAGUGGAUACCAUGAUGAAUACACGAGAAGGUUUGAUUUGAUGUUUGAGCUGGACAAAAUAUGUUCCUCUCUUCAGCCCCUUGCAUGAAACCUCUAUCCAUUGUUUCAUUUGCCAGGUUUGUCUUCAGUGGUGUGAUGCUGGCCUAUCUGGUUCCCUUCAUCUUUCCAUACACCUUUCACUGUGCUUCAUAACAAAUGGCAGGAUAAAUACGUUCAGGAAGCUGAAUACAUGUAAGAGUGGCAAGAAGUACAUGGUGAACUUGUCCAUGCUUUUCUCAGAAACAAACUCCACUUACCAGACAGCUUGGCAAGUCACUUUUACUUUAAAUUCCUAGCUAUUCCUGGCAACUGUCCAAUGAGUCACAGAGCAGAAUAAAGCAUAUUUCUGCUGGUUUUGCCAGAGUAAUUACUCCUCUGGCUUACCAUACACGCUCUGAGGAAAUGGCAGAGGACUCAGAGCUAUUGUCCUUUGUCCUGUAAAGAAGCACUCUUGCACAGCUUGCUUUGGAAGUGCAGCGAUUGAGGGGAGCUGUACCAUGCCACAGCACUUUGGCAAUUCCAGAUCUUUGCCCCUCCCAGGUCACAGAUCACUUCAGGAAUGAAUGUCCUUUCUGACCUCUGCCUGUCUGUAAGACUGGGAAAGGGGCAGGUUUUGUUUUGGGGGGCAGUAAAACCAGUUGUCUCUUUUUCUGUAUCCCGAGUCCCUUGUUAGCUGAACACUGGCCUCUUCUGAGACAAAACUGAUCCUAAAAUAUGCACAAAGUUGCUGCAGUUACCUGUACAGAGUGUGCUUUGGAAAUCCCUUUUUCUUCAAGUGUUAUAUGUAACAGGCAAAACCAGGUGGAUGUUGAAACCCGAUUUACAAGCAAAAGGAUGUGGCUCGCCAGGAGAUGGGCCUUAUCUGAAGCGAUAUGGAGACACCCAGGCGCUGAUCAUCGCGUGAACGACCCGAGAUGGACAUCAGGAACAUCCCCCGGGCUGAUACAGGAAGUAGUAUUAAUCUGCCAGGCCUGUUUUGGGGUGAAGUCUAGACUGGGCUCAGAGAGGGUGGUGCACUUUCCUGAAUCCUGCAAGGUGCAUGAGGAGAGACACAGGGCUCUGGACAUUCAGCUGGAGGAGGGAAGACUUAGGAGAAACUUGACAACAACUUUUCAAUACGUAAGAAAGGGUUUCCAACAAGAUGGGGCUGGGCUCCUUACUGAAGGAGCCAGACAGCAAGAGGUCAUGGUCAUAAAUCCAAACUGGGGAGUUUUCAGCCAAGUCAGGGAAAGCAGUAAUAUGAUCAUUAAGCAUAAGAAGAGGUUACUUCAGGAGGCUGAAGUCUGUCUGUGGAGUGUCUCAAGGCACGACUGUACGAAGUGGGAAGCAGCCCAAUGCGAAUGCAGCAUUCACCCUGCUGUGAGCGGGAGGCUGGAGGAGAGACCUCCUGGGCUUCUUCCAGUCUGGAUGAGGCUGAGAGUGGGAUCCUGCCAUGGGAUUUCCUGCCUUUCCCUAGGCUGGCCUCCGUGUUUGUCCAGAGCCAUCCUCAGGAUGUGGGGUCUCAGCAGUGUAAUGUGCAUCUCUGUACACCGGUGUUUCCUAUCCAGUGGAAUCCUGAGCCUCCUCUGUCCAAGUGUUUCAAAUGUAAAGCCAUAGGAACAUUG